AUGGACGUUUCUUAUUUUCAGUACGAUGAGAAGCAAGAGAAUUAUACGGAUCAAGAAGGCAGUCUAAUAGAGUAUUGUCGGAUCGAUCAUCGUGAAAGCGCAAAAAAUCAACCGAAUAUUUGUAUGCCAUCCAUCGUUAAAUGUGCGCUCGAUCGUAGCACUUUUACAUCUGCGGACAAUUUUACAAGGACGGUUAGUGUUUAUUGA